CAUGUUUGAAUGGUUACAAGCGUUUUUAUGAGUAAACUCUCAAGGUCACCACGGAGAGUGGAUCGGCGAGCAGAUAAAACCUGAAGAUGAGUGCCGGCACUGUGUCCCGUGUUACUUCGUCGGCUUUGAAGCCCAGCAAGAUCAAAUCUACUUUGGAGACCACCAAGAAUGUCCUCGUUAGAGUUCUUGAGCCGCCAAAUAUGCUGAAGAAAAUCUACUUCAAGUUUACAUACUAUCCAAAACUAGGUCUGAACACUGAUGAUUGCCUGAAGCGUAACUACUACGCCAAGGGAGUUCUGAAUGAAGCAGUGCAGCGACUGCCGACCCGGGUGCAGGAGGAGAGACAGUUUCGAAUUAGCAGGGCUGUUAUGCAUAGCGGUAACAAGACCAUCCCGAAGAAGGGGGACACUGUUCGUUUUGGCAGAGAACUUAAGUACAUGGAUGAAGCUAUGAGUAGCGUUAUCCGUGACAUAGAGAUAAGGAAAUACUGGGAUCUAAAUGGAGAACAACCACCAGAGAGCGUUACUGUUUCUCCGGGACAAUAUCGUGAAGGAUUGCAGGCGAUCAUUAAUAAUAUGACACAAGCCACAGAGACAAAAUGAGAAAGAAAACCUCCAUUGUGUAAGCUGUUAUAGGGACAGUAACUGAUGCUGAGAAGUUUAACUUUGAAAUCGUUAAUUUUUGGCGUGUUCCAUAAUGUCCUGAAUAAUGUCCCUUAUAUAUAAGGGAUAGAAUAUUUAUGAUAAAUGACAUGGCAUAUGUAGUUUGAAAGUUUGAUGACAUGAGUAAAUGUUUGUUAAAAAAAGUU